AUGGAAAUGCAGGGCCGAUUUAUUGACUCCACGGUGAUGAACAUUAAUGUUAUGGAGUAUCCCCACAAAUAUGCUUUAGCACCAAAGCAGCAGGUGGAUGCUGCUCCAUCCUGUCCAAUCAGCCAAAGGCAGUUAAACGAGCCUUCCUGGAGCCGGGAAGCGGAGGACGGUGUGCGCACUGCUCAGGUGGCGAUGUGCUCGCCGAGAUACUACAGCCGCGGGGCCCGGGGGAACACGAAGGCCAAGCGGAGGAGGAUCAUCACGGUGGUCCAGCGGCAGGCGGCCAAUGUGCGGGAGAGAAAGCGAAUGUUCAGUCUGAAUGAGGCGUUUGACGAACUAAGGAGAAAAGUUCCUACAUUCGCAUACGAGAAGAGGCUGUCCCGUAUCGAGACGCUGCGUCUGGCCAUCGUCUACAUCUCCUUCAUGAUGGACCUGCUGGAGAACACCUGAGACACAACAGCUCAGCUUUAUCUAUGGCAGACUGAACUAGACUGAA